CUACGACAAGACGGAUUAUUUUUAUAUUGGGGGAAAUGUAUUGAAUGAAAAUCCAAAAAAAUAUCCGUGAAAUUUCACAAACGUCACAAACAAAUGGAAACAUUUAUCUAGAAAAAUAUUGAAAAGACAAACCUGAAGAAUAUGAAGUUUGUAUUAUUAUUGUUAGCAAUGGUUGUAUCAAGUACAGAAGCUUCAAGCCAAGAUUGUAAUGCUGACAGUGGGAAGGUGUGUGGAGAAGAUAUGAUAACGUAUCAUAACGAAUGUCAUGCAUCAAAUAGAGGUGUUGCGGUAUCGUGUAAGGGAAACUGUCCAUGUGGAUGCAAAUGUUCCCAGCAAAGACGACAAGUUUGUGGUCAAGAUGAUAAAACAUAUUGGAACGAAUGCUUUGCCAAAUGUGCAGAGGUGAAAACCAAGUGUUACAUGCAUUGUCCCUGUCCUUAUGGAUCUUACAAACACGUGAAGCCUCCUUGUCGAUGUAGUCGACAGUACAAACCUGUGUGUGGGGCCAACGGUAAAACAUACAUCAACAAGUGUAAAGCAAAUUGUAGAAAAGUGCCCGUAUCCUGUACAGGAAAAUGUCCAUGUAAAAAAUGUGCAUGUCCUAAAGAAUAUAAUCCUGUUUGUGGCGAUAAUGGUAAAUCAUAUCAAAACACAUGUUUCGCUUCCUGCAAAAACGUAAAAGUCUCGUGUAACCACAAAUGCCCAUGUUGUGAAUGCCCGGCUGACAUAACACCAGUCUGUGGGACUAAUGGGAAACAAUAUUCAAAUGAAUGCUAUGCAAAAUGCGCAAAAGUGCGUGUAUCCUGUACAGGGAAAUGUCCGUGUAAGAAAUGUGAAUGUCCUAAAGAAUAUAAUCCUGUUUGUGGUGCUAAUGGUAAAUCAUAUCAAAACACAUGUUUCGCUUCCUGCAAGAAAGUUCCAGUUAAAUGUCAUACAAAAUGUCCAUGUAAAAAGACUGAAUACUGUUCUAAAAAAUAUGAACCUGUUUGUGGAACGAAUAGCAAGACAUAUGACAAUGAAUGUUACGCUAGAUUAAGUAAUACAGUUGUUAAAUGUAAGACUGAGUGUCCUUGUCCAGAACCAUGUGACUGUCCUAAAACCUACAAUGCUGUUUGUGGCACUGAUGAUAAAACGUAUGACAGCGAGUGUCAUGCUAAAUGCAGCAAUGUUGGGAUAAAAUGUCCAGAUCGGUGUCCAUGUAACUGUGGAUGUUCUACGGAAUAUAAACCAGUAUGUGGAACCAAUGGUCAGACGUAUGCCAACAAGUGUACUGCAAAUUGUCGAAAGGUGUCUAUAAAAUGUCAUCGUGAAUGUCCGUGUACUCCAUCCUGUGUUUGUCCAGAAGUGUAUGAACCUGUUUGUGGAACGGACGGUGACACGUACGACAACGAAUGUCAAGCCAGAUGCAAAAAGAUGCCAAUUAAGUGUAAUAAAAAGUGUCCGUGUGCUCCAUCUUGUGUGUGUCCAGCCAUAUAUAAACCUGUUUGUGGUACUGAUGGUAACACUUACAGCAACCAGUGUCGAGCUUCAUGCAAAAAUGUCCCUAUAAAGUGUGAUAACGAGUGUCCCUGUAAACAGAAAUGCGUCUGUCCUGCUGUGUAUCAGCCUGUGUGUGGAUCAGAUGACGUCACGUACGAUAAUACAUGUACAGCAAAUUGCAAAGGAGUUACAGUAUCUUGUAAGGGAAAAUGUCCAUGUGCAUGUAAAUGUUCACCAUACAAAAGUGAUGUGUGUGGAGAGGAUAAUAAGACAUACUAUAAUGAAUGUUAUGCUAAAUGUGCGGAGGUUAAGACUAAAUGUUACCAUCGUUGUCCCUGUCCUGUAGGAUCAUUCACCACCGUAAAACCUCCAUGUCAGUGUACACUCCAAUACGAACCUGUAUGUGGCAUCAAUGGUAAGACGUAUGUCAACAAAUGUAAAGCUGCUUGCAGCAAAACAACUGUACUAUGCACAGGGAAAUGUCCUUGUAAGAAGUGUAUGUGUCCGAGAAAUUAUCAUCCAGUAUGUGGUGUAGAUGGUAAAACAUAUGCUAAUACUUGUUUAGCGUCAUGCAAGGAUGUUGAAGUGUCAUGUGACCACAAAUGUCCAUGUUGUACCUGUCCUUCUGACGUCACUCCUGUUUGUGGUAUCGAUCGUAGCCAAUAUUCAAAUGAAUGUCAAGCUAAAUGUGCCAAAGUUCCAAUAAAAUGUUAUACGAAGUGUCCAUGUGAGGAGGUAAAACCAUGUUCUGAUGUAUAUGAACCAGUCUGUGGGGUAAAUGGCAGGAUGUAUAACAAUGAAUGCUAUGCCAAACUGAGUAAUACUGCUGUCAAAUGUAAGUCCGUAUGUCCAUGCCCAGAACCAUGUGACUGUCGUAAAACUUACAAUCCUGUUUGUGGCACUGAUGAUAUAACUUAUGAUAGCGAAUGUCAUGCAAAAUGCAGCAAAGUUGGGAUAAAAUGUUCAGGUCGGUGUCCGUGUAACUGUGGGUGUUCUACAGAAUACAAACCAGUAUGUGGAACCAAUGAUCAAACAUAUGCCAACAAGUGUACUGCAAAUUGUCGAAAAGUGAGCGUCCAGUGCCAAGGAAAAUGUCCAUGUAGAGAACCAUGCAAUUGCUCUACAUUAUAUAAACCUGUAUGUGCCGCUGAUGGGAGAUCCUACACGAAUGAAUGCUUUCCGAAAUGCAGGAAAAUUAAAAAAAUGACUGCACAGAAAGCCUUAAACGUUAUAAAGAGGAACAGAUUUAGAAAAGAAGAAAACGAAAAAUCAAAUCAUACUACAAAAACUGUGAUGUUAAAAUAAAAGAAGAACAUGUAAAAGACACACGAAAAGCAAACAAAAAAGAGAAAGUAUCGAGAGAAAUAAGCGGUCUGAAGCAGGCCAACAUCAAAAUUAACGAAACCGAAAGGUCCUUACUAUGACCGUGAUCCGACAAAUCCACCUAAAUACGAACUUAUAUAACAAAUACAAUUGCCAUUGUAACUGCUGUAUCGGUUGCUUUUAUCUGUGUCCGAAAUUUAUGCAAAUGAUAUUUUGUGACUAGAAUCAUGACAUCAAGACAUUUUCAGAAAGUCCAAUAAU